AAGAACAACAACAACGUUAAAAAUCACACACAACAUACCACAAACAAGAAGCACAAUUUUUUACAAACCUCAAAAUCUUUGUCGUGUAUUUCAAACACAACACAGAACAAAACGAAAGAGAUUCAAAGAAUCGAAUUGAAUUCGUUUUUGUAAUAUAUCAUAACAUGUCUAGUCAUGAUCACCAUCACCAACAUCUUUCUUCCAAUCCCUCCGCGCACCUCUCCACUCACUCCGAUUCUGAUUCCGAUUCCGACUCAGUGAGUUGCUUCGUCACCGAUCUCUUCGAGACUCGGUCACGCCUCUGUUCCUGCGACGACACUGAUAUUAACCCUUUCUCCGGCGCCGUCUGCGACGUCCAUCGCACUGAACACGUGCUAGGGUUAGGGUUUGGCGUUGACAUUGAUUCCCAAACGCGGGAUAACGAUGAUAAUAAUGGCGAUAGAGUCUUCAAUUUCGCGUUGGGGGAUGGUUCGGGAGGGCUUAGGGUUGUAGCGUUCGGGUCGGAUUCGGAUGAUUCGAGUGGCGGGGAGGGUGGGGUUCGUGAUGAGGGUGGUGGGUUUGACGAUUUCGAUGUUCGGUUUUGUUGGGAUAGUCUCUGUUUGGAUGAUCAGAGGACACUGAAUGAUGGUUUUGAAUGGGAGGAAGUUGAGCAGAGGGUGAAUGAUAGGGAGGAUUCGGGUUUGGUGGCUGAUGAGGUUGAAGUUGAAGACGAUGGAGAUUGUGAUUCGGUGGGGUUUACUAAUGCCGAUGAGGAAGAGGAGGAGGAGGAUGGAGGUGAAGAGGCGCUGAGGUACCUUGAGUGGGAGAUUCUCUUAGCGGUUAACAAUUCGGAGAGGAAUGUUAACAAUGGUGAUGGUUUGGAGCAUGAGGGCGUAGCUGGUGCUGCUGAUUUGCUGACAAUUCGAGAUGGUUAUGUGUAUGCGGCGGAGUAUGAUGUUCUAUUCGGGCAGUUUCUUGAGAAUGAGAGUGCCUUGAAGGGAAGUCCUCCCGCCGCGAAGAGUGUUGUGGAGAGUCUUCCAUUGGUGGAGUUGUCGAAGGAGGAGCUGUUGCAGGGGAAGAACUUGGCGUGCGCCAUUUGCAAGGAUGAAAUUUUGUUGGAGGAGAAGGUCAGGAGGUUGCCUUGCUCCCACUGUUACCAUGGCGAUUGCAUUUUGCCAUGGUUGGAAAUUCGCAACACAUGCCCAGUUUGUCGGUUUGAGCUGCCCACAGAUGAUCCGGACUAUGAGCAGAGGAAGGUUCACAGGGCUGCUCAUGAUCUGUUGGAGCUUGCAACGGCAGGGAUACAAUUUUGACAUGUUGUUGCUUCAGGUUAUACACCCGGUCUUGUGUAAAUAGCAGUUUGGUUUGUCUCACAUCAAACUGAUGAUGAGAACAAAUCUUUUGUAAGUAGUCUGUUGUGGUGAUUUUGGAAUAAGUUUCAUACCAUAUUGCAUGCCCUUGAUAUACCUGAAACGAGUGCCUAUUAAUACUCAGUUUAUAUUAAAAAGGUUAAAGUGUACCAUGGGAAGGAUCAUGUUGUGGGUUUAGCGUUUCCUUCAAAAGAACUUAUGUUAUAAUUUUGGAAUGUCUGCAACUGUGUUCAGCAUCAUGAUGUAUAUAUAAAGUGUUGGUUUUCUGGA